UUAAGACUGUACUUAAGAUGAUCUUAAAUAUAAGAUCCGACUAUGAAUACCGGCCUUAUGUUAAGAUUCUUACCAUUAACUGUGUAAUAUGUAUAGAGUGAACUAAUUCUAGGUGACGCCGAUGAGUGGCGUUUGUGUAUUUGUCGACCAUGGGUGUUUACGAUAAUGGCUUAAUUUACAUCGUCAAAACCUUGGUACGCGUAUUAAGUUUGGUGCGCACCAAAGCCUUAGUACGGGCGCGUUUACAUCGAAUGUACUAAGCAUGUACUGUGAAAAAUAUAAUACAAAUUUAAUUCAUGUUGAUGUCUCCUACUAAAGGUUGGUUUAUAAUAGCCGUAACCGUUAACUUAGGCCGGUGCCGUAAAAGUUGAAAGAUAGGAAACCCGUACUACCGUUUAUAAUAGUUGGCCGUAAUCUGUUAUUUUUGGCCGUAACCGAAAAGUUGACUCAACUUUAUCUUUACCGGCCUACGGCCAGUGAAAGCAACGGAAAAGAAUUGAAAUCCAUCAAGGGAGUCGAAAGCACAUAACCUUUUGACAUACAACAUACGUGAUAUAGUGGUCUAUUAAAAAAAAAAAGUAAUAGUGAUGAAUGUACAAAUAAAUGACGCGGAUUUAAUUUUGUGGGUCGAACAAUUUCGGCAUUUAUACGACAAGAAAGAAAAAGAUUAUAAGAACAAAAAUGUCGUAGAAAACUCUUGGCAAUUUAUUGGUAACAAAUUGAAUGCAUCAAGUUCUGAAUGUAGAGAUCGCUGGAUUGCCUUGCGGAAUCGAUUUUCAAAAGAACGAUGCAAAUUAAUACGAUCAGGAUCAGGAGCAUCGGAUCAGAAAGAAUGGCCAUUAAUGAAAAAUUUGGCAUUUUUACACGAAUGUGUAAAACGACGGAAGACAUUUAGUAACGUCGAGUCACCAUGCAAAGACACUGAAGAUUCUUCAUGUUCUAUGCUAUCAAAUGAUUCCUAUGCCAAAGAUUCUCAAAAUUUGGCUCAAAAGCAUAAUGCUGUUGAAGAAUUAGAUUAUGAAGAUGUUCAGUACCUUGAUGAAACACCAAAUGAAUAUGUGGAAUAUCUGGACGAACAAACUGGUACACAUAAGGAUUUUGACGACGUAUCGAUGGACGAGACUUCACAAGAAACCAUAAACCGCACUUCAAGAGAAACUACUCAAUCACCUGCAGCAAAACGCUCGCGCUCCAGAUCUACUACUCCGAGUGACAAAGGUUCCUCAAAUAAAGCAUCUUUCCAAGCCAAAAUGGAUGAAGCCGUAGAUAUUUUUCAAAAAUUUGUAACUGAAAGAAACACUUUGACUGCGGAAGAUAAUUCCUUGAAAAACUUUUGUAACUCAAUAUAUGCUGACUUGAAAAAUUUAGACAACAGACAAUUGAUACAUUGCAAAAUAGAAAUCAUGCAAGUAAUUGCCAAAUAUUUAGAGUAAUACAUAUAUAAUGUAAUAUAAAAAUAAAUCGUUUUAUCCUAAA